CAAGAAAAGUUGAAAUCUUGCUGAUCCCCUUGAAAAUUCGCAGGUUGCGUCAAGUUUGGUGCACAGGAACUCAGAGGAGACGCCGGCCGCGACGUGCGUUGAAGACGGAAGGGGACGGAAUGACAGCGUUGCAUCAUGCGGCAAGGAUCGGAGACGCGGAGAAGAUUAGGACACUGCUGGAGGCUGGAUGGGACGCGAGAGCGAGGGAUCGAUCGGGACGGACGCCCCUCCAUCACGCCGUGGGCUCGGGGAGGAAGGCCGCGGCAGAAGUGCUGCUGGGGGCCGACCCCGAAUGCGACGGGCCUGACUUUCAUGGCCGCCGCCCCCUGCAUCUGGCCGCGAGAGCAGGCCUCGUGCCGACAGCCAGGGCGUUGGUGUCGAGGGGUGCGCGUCUGCAUGCCAAAGAUGUACUUGGAUUCUGUCCCCUGCACUACGCCCUGGCGAAUGGACACAGCGGUGUAGCCAGAGUGCUGCUGGCGACGUACGCCUGGAGGGGCAUCGCGAUAGAUUGGGAGGAGAUGGAGCUCUCGCAGGAGGAAGAGGAGCGCGGCGUCCGGCUGCUCUCCGAGUGCGAGGCCGAGAUGCGGGAGGCCCGGGCGGAGAAAUCGAGGUUCUCCCUCCUCGCCCGCCGACCCCACUGCCACCUGGCCCGGCGCCUCUCCGACGAGGCGAUCCGGCGGCUCUCGGACAGGGAUCUUCUGAUGCAGGACUUCCCGCUUUUCGGCGACCUCCUCCUCGUCCGGCUGGGGGAGGUCCGGGAGAGGAGGGCCCUGGAAGAUCGCUUCCUGCGCUGCUUCCCCCUCCUCUGCCCGCCCCUGCCCCCCACCUGCACCGACGUCCUCCUCGCGUGCCUGGCGGACGACGACCUGAGGCACUUCGCCCGAGCCGUGGAGCUCUAG